GUCUAUGGAUCAUAACAAAUUCUUUUUAGGUUAUGCAUUGAAUUAAACUGUCAAAUAGUAACAACAAACUAAAAAGUAAAAAGCAUUCAAACGUUAAAACAAGCUACAAUAACCUACCUUAUCACAAUACAAUUUGACAUUCGAUAGAUAAAUUGUGUUGUAUUCAAACAUAAAAAUGCAUCAUGGUGAAUGUAAUGAAAGGAGUGCUUGUUGAAUGUGAUCCAGCUAUGAAACAGUUUUUGUUGCACUUAGAUGAAACAUCAGCACUUGGUCGAAAAUUUAUCCUUCAAGAUUUAGACGAGACACAUCUAUUUAUAUCAUCUGAUAUUGUAGAAACUUUACAAGCAAGAGUUGAUGAUUUAAUGGAUCAGCUAAGCAUACCUGUGCAUGAUAAGGGAUUGUAA